UAUUUUCGAUGUUUUCAUAAGUCAUAUGUAUUACAGGUUGCUGAAGAUACAGACGUUAACCGCUAUGUUCAGUCGGGAUUGUGGCUUUACUGUCCAGGAGCUGCACAGUGUUGGUAUAUCUUCAGUGAUGAUCUCAUCAAUUACUAUGAGAAGGUCGAUGUCUGCCGUUUUCUAUUGAUAGGAGACUGCCGCAAGAAGCUUCUUCGAACGCCUUACUUUUUUGGAUGGCAUUAUGCAGUUUUUAUUUUGAAUAUCAUUGUUAUCGUUCUUGUCGGAUGUGCUGCUGCAAUGAUUGUACCGCCAUCCUUCAGAAAACAAAAGCGUCGUGUUGCAACAAUAAUAUUCGAUGUUCUCAUGAUCGCUUCAGGUGACCUCAAUGUUCCUCUCAACUAUGUACAUGUACUUCUUAUUCUGGCUAUUUCGCUGAUGACGUUUGUUGUUAAUGCAGAGAUGCUGGAAUCAAAAUACCUGAUCGGAGUGAAGAAUACCUUCGAGAAAAAUUACGGAUAUUCCUUCUAUCUCACAUGUAUAGCUCUACUGCUGCUAGUGUUUGCAUCACUUGGAGGCCUUCUUGCUACAACUUUCGCCUUUACCGGUUCUAAUAUGUCUUCAAAGUUGGAUCCUCGUUGUGAUUCUCAAAUGGACACGAAUUGCUUCCAUGAACAGCCUAUGUUGUCGACUGAUCUACAUCUAGACAAUCGCUAUGUUGCUACUCCUGAAACGUGCGAAUUUCAACAAAAAACACGACACUUUUACAGCUACUGA